GUGUUGUGGCUUUGGUAUUUUACCUUUUUGCCCGUACGGUUAUUGGGUGUAGCCGUGUAGAGGUGAAGUUAAUUAUACAUAUCUUACCCCAACUUUUUCGCAUAUAAACAAUCCCCCACCCCCGUUCCUAUCUUCUUAUUAUUCUCAUAGUCAUAGACAGCCCCCUCGCACUAUUUAAAAUCUAAACACCUCUCUCUCUCUCUCUCUCUCCCAUCAUCUCAUCAAAUCCCCUUUCCUAAAUUCUCCUCCAUUAACCCCAAAAACCAUGAGUUACUACAACCAGCAACAACCCCCCGUCGGUGUCCCCCCACCUCAAGGUUAUCCACCAGAGGGGUAUCCGAAGGACGCUUACCCUCCUCCAGGGUACCCUCCACAAGGGUAUCCCCAGGGGUACCCUCCGCAGCAGGGUUACCCUCCCCAAUAUGCCCCUCAGUACGCCGCGCCUCCCCCUCAACAACAUCAAAGCGGCAGCAGUGGUUGCCUUGAAGGCUGCUUGGCUGCUCUUUGCUGUUGCUGCCUCCUUGAUGCAUGCUUCUAAUGUGUCUGCAGAGAUGUUUGGUUGAUUCAGUGGCACCCAAAAAUCAAGUCAUCUAAUCGGGCAUCACAGGGUCUCUUACCUGUUUGUGUUUCGCGUCAAUUAAAUAAUUGGACUUUCUAACUUCGGAAUAUGUCAUAUGAUUGUUUAUGGAUUUCUGCUUCGGAUUUAAAAAGUUGUCUGGUUUCAUUUCAUUAGAAAUGUAUAUCGUGGGAGAUUCACAUUUGUUAUAUGGAAAGGCGUUUGACAGCUUCUUAUCA